GAUCGUUCGAGCAUUGGGUGCACCCUAUCAUCCGGCCUGCUUCGUCUGCUCAGUGUGUCACACCCACUUAGACGCCAAGCCCUUCACUGUGGACGUGCACGGUCGUCCGCUGUGUUUGGAAGACUUCAACAAACGCUAUGCACCGCGCUGUGCCGCCUGCAAACGACCGAUUGCGAUAGAGCCAGGUGCACAUGAAGCACGGCGGGUGGUGGUGGGCGACUCAAACUACCACCUCCUUUGUUAUGGUGUUAAGGCGGCCGACUCGAGUGCCUCCACACCCACGCCAUCAGUAGCUGCUGCAUGA